AUGUUAGCACACGAUUUUCUUAAACGGGAUGAUCGUGGAUUUACGCCUACUUCAUCUUCCCGGUCUGCCUGGUAUUUUGGACUGUUAGUCUUAGUCAAAUUUUUACGAUGUAUUGGAAUCUUUAUGAUUGAUAUUUUGGCUAAACAAAUCCACGUAAUUAGCUUAUUAUGGCUUAUAAAGUUGAUCGCUUCUUUUAUUCUCGUUCCUGUUCAAAAGCCUUUUUUGCACGGGAAGUCGCUGAGGAAAAUUCUUCAGCUUUCGUUAUUCAAUUGCUUAAUUGAAAUUAUAUGGUUUUACGGCAUCACUUUUUGUGGCCCAUUAAGGUCAGUUUUGGUUUUUGAGCAAAGUCCUGCAAUUGUUCUGGUAGCGUUAAUGACGGUGUUGAACGGAGGUAACGGACCUUCAAAAACUCGAGGAACGCUUGCGUUAUUCAUAGGAUUUCUGUCGCUGAUUCUUAUGGAUAGUGAUGCAACUGUUGAAACUCAUCAUCAAACAGCGCAUAGUCAUCAGAGUGUGUUGAACCAUCUUUUUUAUCAUGCAAUUCACUGGUCGGGAGUCUCAGAUCAUAAGGGAGGAGUUCUGCUUCUAGCUGUAGCCGUUUUUAUCAAAAUGGGAUAUGAUUCCUCAUUUCGUCAUUUGGCAGUAGAAAUUGGAGGACCGAAGCGGUUGUACUCCUUGGUUACUCUAUGCUCUAGCUUCAUUUUAAUGCCUAUUGCCAUUCUUCUUUUCGUUUUUGGAAAGAAUUUUAUUGAAUCGUAUUUAGCACUCUUUGUGCUCCUGUUCACUGCAGCUCUUUUUGUUAUGGUCUUUGAUUUUUACACGGAGUCUGCUUGUUUCCAGCAUGUUGCUGAUCCUGUAAUGGCUGCGGCUCGUUGGUGCCCGGUGAUAAUGUUCAGUUGCGCUUUCUUCUUGGCUUGGAUGUGGUAUACACCGGAUCAUCAUGAAAUUGGUUCUCACGCAUUGUCUAGCGGAGUUGUCUUGACGUUAUGCUGUUUUACAAUAGCUUCUUUCGCUUUAACGUCGUCGAGUGGACAUUACGUUGGUCUUUCGGACACUGGGCUUCCCCUUUACACAUACGGCGAAGCAUUUCUUCAAAAAACAUCAAGGUCAAUGGCGCUGUUUAUAAAGGAUACUUUGGCUGAAAUCCUUGCUAAUUCUGACUCAAGAAGAAUAUUUUGGUUUCUCUGUGCAAAUCUUUCGUUCUGCGGCAUUGAAUUUUUGUACGGAUUCUGGACGAAUAGUUUAGGUUUAAUCUCGGAUGGUUUUCACAUGCUUUUUGACUGCUCAGCAUUGGUUAUGGGUCUUGUUGCGUCCGUUAUGGCACGCUGGGCAGCUACGAGGUAUUACUCGUACGGCUAUGGCCGAGUAGAAGUCUUGUCAGGUUUUAUUAACGCCCUUUUUCUUAUCGUCAUUGCCUUCUUUAUUUUCUUAGAAGCCCUGGAAAGGCUCUACGACCCGCCAGAUGUCAGUACCGAUAAAUUAAUGGUGGUGGCAGUAGCUGGGCUUGUAGUGAAUUUAUUUGGGAUGUAUGCAUUUCAUGGUGCUGAGCAUGGUCACAGUCAUGGUGGGGGGUCAGAAAGCCAUUCUCAUGGUGGUAAAACGUCACAUGGUCACAGUCAUGGUGGCAAUGCUAAUAUGCAAGGUGUGUUCUUACACGUACUGGCUGAUACACUUGGCUCAGUUUUUGUAAUUAUUAGCACUUUAUUCAUACAAUAUUUCCAUUGGAAGUGGGUUGAUCCCUUAUGCUCAUUGAUAUUGUCUAUGCUUAUUGUUAGCUCUGUCUACCCUUUAUUGCUAGCUUCUAUGGCAACUCUUAUGCAGGGUAUUCCUCCUGAAGUCGAUGAGGACUUGGAGGAUGCUCUUGAUGAGGUUAUUUCAGUGAUUGACUGUUUGCUCUUUGAUCUAAUGACUCUGCUUAAAUCAGACCUGAAUGUUGGGACUCUUCACGUGCAAGUAAAUGAGGAUGUAAAUAGUCAGUUAAUUAGGCAACAAAUAACUAAGCUUCUUAAAGACGUCGGCGCUAUGCAGAUUGCUGUGCAGGUGGAGAAGCAAUCUUUUAUUCAUCGAAUACAGUCUAUGUGUCCGUCCUACAAACUGGGACAAACUAUUACAAAAGGAGUGCAUGUCAUUGGCAGUAAAAGUAGCGCUAAUCGAGAUUGUAAUCAUGGGGGUCACGGUCACUCUCACUCCCACUCUCAUUCUCACUCUCACGGAAUGAACCACUCUCACUCUGAGGAGACUUUCUGUGCACAUACGGAAAAAACGCAGCCUGUAAUUUUCUCAAUAUUGAAACUGAUCAGUAUUUAA